AUGAUUCACGAGGUUUCGUUACUGGUCAGUGUAUCAAUUCUUUUUAUUAACUCAAGAGGAGGCCAUAAUAUUAAUAUUGGAGAUGUUAUUGAAGUUUAUCAUCCUGAAGAUGCACAUCAUGCUCUUUUCUUGGUUACAACUCUCAGUGAUGAUUUACAAAAUCGUGAUGUCAUUAGUGUAGAACAAAGUCUUGCACAUACAUUUAAAUUGCAACAACAUAAAAAUGUGAUUGUAAAUGUGAUGAAUAAAGAAACUAUUUCAUUGGAUUUAGUUGAAUUAUACUUUCGAGAUCAAUACUUCAGUCGUAGAGAUUUCUGCAAUAUUACACAGAAAUUAAUUGGUACUGUUGUACAUGUGAAUAAAAAGCUCACUUGUAAUGAAACAAGAACACAGGUUGGUGAUUUAUGGCGCCUUGGUGAAAGAUAUUCUUGUGGAUAUAUAGAUUCAAAAACUAAAAUUAUUUUUCGUUCUUCCACAGCAGUUAUACACAUUUUCAUACAAAUGAGUCAAGAAAUGUGGUGGUUCGAUAAUAAUGGUGAUCUUUACCUAGAGAAAGCUUUCAAAUUUUUGUCAAAAUUGUUUUUAAAAUUUUGGCCUGAAAAUAAUUGUAAUCAUGAUACAACUGUUGUAUUCUUUACGCGUAUCUAUAUUGAUGAUGUACCUUCUGAAUACUCUCAGUCGUUUAAACAAGAUGCCUUAAGUAGAUAUUAUGAAGAUUUUUACAGAGUGAUUAUACAAAAUGAACGUUUCACAACAGAUGAUUGGAAACGAGAACUUGGUCGAAUGCAAUAUGAAAUACUUCAAUUUGAAAAUAAUAUUUAUUCUUAUUUACGCAAUACUUAUCCAUUAAUUAAUAAGAACUCAAAUAAAACAAAAUUAAAUAUAUGUACAGCUAUGGAUGCUAAUCUCUUGGAAGUAUUGAAUAUGGCUAUCAAUCUUUAUUCGGGAUAUAAUAUUGAUCGAAAUUUUGAUCGUACUGGUAAACUCCUAUUUGUAAUUACACCAGGUUCUGGUGUCUAUCAUGUCAAUGAAAAUCUUUUAUUGUUAACAAAAAAACGAGUUCUUGAUUUAGGUGUUGGAGUGGAUUUAAUCUGUUUGGCAGAACAACCUCUUCAUGCAGUUCCAUUGUUUAAAAUUUUAUCUGAAUCUUUUAUAAAUCCAGAAGAAUAUGUUGCACCUCAUUGGAUUAAUUGCAGCUAUUUUAAAUCAGCACAAGAAUUGAAAUAUAUUGAAAUGGGCAAACCAUUUCCACGUGUUAAAGUUGUUUCUUUUAAACAUUCAAAUGAGGUACCCAUUUCGACAUUUAUCAAUGAUGUACCAAGAGAUGAUCAUGAACCUGAUAAUCAGCAAAAGAAUGUCCCAAAGGAAAAUUUUGAUGAUACUAUUCCUACGACUACAUCUAUUACUAUCACUAAGUCAUCUCUUCCUAUCUACCGUAUCGCCUAUCCACCAUAUCAAUCACCAUCUAACCAAAACAAACGUAAAAAAUCACAUCAACUACCGAAUGAAGUAAUCAGUGGGAAUAUAACAAAAUCUCACGAUUCCAUAACAAGUGAUUAUUGUUCACCAUCAACUGUUCGACAUCAACUGGAUGAUAAUCCUUCACAUAUGAUAUCAUCUAUAACAGAUCAGUCAUCUUCCGCAGAAUCAAAUCUUAUACCUAUUUGUUGCUUGAAUUAUACAACACAAAUUUCAAAGAAUGCAUUAACAGCUAUUUGCAAAUCUAAACAAAUUGUUUCAACAUCAUCAUCAUCAUCAUAUAGGAAUUUAUCACGAAGUUAUGAUUCGUAUAUCACGUCUAAUGGUUCUAUAACUCCUCUAGUUAGUUCAACUAAUGUUAGCGGUAUCGGCUUUGGUAUUACCAGUCAUAGUCAGAUUGUUAAUAUAGAUAAAUACCAACCAACUAAUCAUAUACAUACGUCAUUGUCACGUGUCUCAUCUAUUGGUGGUAGUAAUAACAGUGGUAGUGGUAGUAUUAGUGGUUAUACAACAAUUACCUCGCUCCCAUCGGUUCGUGAACGCUGUAUAGAAAAUGGUCAAUUAAUAACUGAUAAAAAUCAGAUUUUAUCAAUUCCAGUGACAUCUCGGAAUGCAAGAAAUCGAACACAAAGUUUUAAUGGAGAACAAAGAACAAAAUUAUCAUAUAUCGAUAAUCAUGCCAAUUUCAGAGAGAUUCCUAAUUCUGUGAAUGAGGCUAAUUAUAAUGUAAAUAGUGCUGAAGUUGCAUAUCUACAUGAAACUGCUAUUUCUCGUUGUCGAACAAUGGAUGUUAUUUUAUCAGAUGGACAACCAUCUCCAAAUUCAUGGAAUAGCAUCACUCCUCAACAUUUUACAUUACGUAGUUGUAAUUCAAUAGAUCGUCGUACUAAUGGUACCUUAUCAUUAUCUGGAUUAAAUUCUCAUACUUUACCAUUUAUUCGUAGAAAAUCAACGAUUACAUUAUAUUCAGCAAUAACAACCACUACUACUAAUAAUACUACUAAUACUAAUACUCCAAUACAUUGUGGAAAAUUUAAUUCAACUACAUAUUCACGUAAUUUAACAAAUUAUGCAACUAGUUCACUUAUAUCAGGAGCAUAUUUUCCAUUUGGUUUAAGUAAAAAUCCAUAUAGAAUGCCAAUAUCUGCUGGUCAACGUAGAUGGGCACUUGUUCGUCCUUCAGAUGAACAUGGAGGUACUAUUACACCACAUUGUAUCAUUACAUCUAAAGACGAUAUCGAUUUUAUGUAUCCUGCACCGUUACCUUAUAAUCUUUGUCAAAUUUGGACAGCAUAUUUUGACUUUUUACGUGCACGUUUUUUGGAUAAAAGAGAAUCAAAUCAGAAUAGUGUUAAAGAUAACAAUAAUAAUAAUAAUGAUAAUGUCAACUGUGUUAAUCGUCCAAUUGCUGAUAUUCAACAUUCCAGUUUCAAUAAAGCCAAUGCUUACAUAUCUUCAAAACAUUUAUCAGCCUAUGAUGAACGUACCACUGAAAAAGAGAGUAUUUCAAGCGAUCGUUUACCGAUGACACUUCCUUCAACAUCUAUUAACACUAAUCAUAUUUCCCAACUUCAAUUCAAUGAUAAAACCACAUCAGAAUAUAAUCCAUCCAGCAGUAAUAAUCACUCAUCAACUUUAUCAAAUUCAGUAACAUUAGAAACAGAACAACAUAAUCAGCCUAGAAAUAAUGACAAUAAUAAUAACAAUAGUUUAAUACAAACAUCUGAGAAUUCAAGGAAAGCUUUAGAAAAUUUAUUAGAAGCUGUUAGACAUGCAAUGUUCUCUUACUCCAUUCAAUCAUCAUCAUUGUCAGCUCCCUAUUUGUCAUCAAUGCCAUCAUUGUCAUCAACAUUUUGGCAUCAAAAUCAACAUAUUACUACUACUACAACUACUACUACCACUACUACUAGUAAUAAUAUUAAUAAUAAUAAUCCUAUUAAUAACAGUAGUGAUGAUCAAAAGUUGUUCAGUGUACAAAUGAAUAAUUUCAAUAUAUUAACAAAUUAUAAACAGAUGAUACCAAAACGUGUCGAUGCCCUGCGGAAAAUGUUACGACUUAUCGGUGUUGACUGGAAGUCAUUGAUUGUUCCGGCAUGUUUACCAGUGGAUACAGAUUAUUUUCCAGAUACUUGUCGUCUUCGUAGUGAAUGGUACACACUACAUGAUUAUCGUGUUGUACCAAGUGGUAUGUCACCAGAUGAAUGGGAUUCUAUGAAUAACACUUUUUCGGAACCCGGCGCUUUAUACAACCGUCGCCAAUUGACAGCUCGUGAAGUAUUUCAAGAGAUGGUACUUCAACGAAUAAGUCAGGGCUUUCAAUUAUGUCAUGAAGUUGUAGCACAUAAUCCGACUAAUUCUAACAAUGUCGAACAUCAUUCUGUUACCAGUAUUAAUACAUCUCCUAACACCAUUAUACAAAAUGACAAUCUUCCAAAUUGUUCAAAUAAUAAACCUAAAACUUUGUCUGUAAUAAAACAAAACAAUGAUCGACAUACUGCAUCGAAUUCUCCACAUACAACAUAUCAUUCACGAAGAAUUUCAAAUAUUUCUACUACUGUUAUAGAUACUACUAUUAAUAACAAUAUUAACAGUAGUUCUAGUUAUUUUCCAACUAGUAGAAAUACUACUAAUACUACUCAAUUUACAAAAUCAACAAAUCGAUGUUUACCGACUCGUUUAUCAUCAAAAUUUCCUACAAUCAAUAAUACUGCUCAACCAUCGAGAGGAUCGAAUGUAUCAUCAUCCAUAUAUAAUGGACGUGUUCUAGGUGUUGGUCUAACUAUAAAUCCAUCGAAUAGAAGUGGAAAUCAAUCGAAUUGUCACAAUGGUAGUCGUACUAGUAAUAAUAAUAGUAAUAAUAAUAAUAAUCAUAAUAAUAGUAAUAAUAGAAAUGUUACCACAACCAUUAAAUCUAUAAAUCGUUAUACAAUGAAAAAAUCUGAUAAUAAUACUACUACAAAUACAAUGUUUAACUCAUCAUUAUCAAAAUUCGGUGAUACUGAUCAAUUAUUGAAGCAAACAUCUUUGUGUCUUGAAUAA